UCAGCAUAUUCCUGCUAACUAGUAAGCACCAUGGAUCGCACAAAUUGGCUUGAUUCUUCAAAUAAUUCGCCAGAUAAUGCUGAUAAUGAGGAUGAGAAUGUUACUGAUGUAGUACAAAACGCUGGUCAAGCAGAGGCAAAUGAUUGGAAUGAGCCGGAAGACUAUGACGAAGAUUCAGAAGAUGAAGAAGAGGAUUACGAAGAGGGGUUAGACGAGAGCCUGGACACUGACAGUGACGAAGGUGUUGCAUAUCAUAAUGGAGAGCUUGAGCAGAUUGAAGUACCUUUACUACAGGAAAUCAAUAUUCAAGAGUCGUUUAAUAAAUUUCUGGAGGAGAGCAUUGCUCUUCAUCGAGCGAGAAUUGGAAUUAUUGAAUUGAUUCGGACAAUACGAGAUGGUGUUUUACGAAUUAUCCCCGAAGAAAAUUUAGAACUACUGAGACAAGAAGACGGACAAGAAUCAGCCGUGCUAAGUCAUCUGCAACUACGGGAUGAGUUGGAUAAACGAAAUUUUUUUGUGGAAUACGCCAUGGCGCUUCAAGAUGGACCUGUUGACGUUUCACGUGCCUUGACAAAACUUCGAAACGAUCAGGGUGAAAUAAAUGAAAUUCUAGCAGACCGGGCAGUUGAGAUCAAAUCUGAAGAGGAACGUCGAAAGAAACUACACCGAGUUGGUAAUUUUAUUUACAAUCAAUUUCAUCGGCGGCAACAAGCAGAACGGAAUAAUGCAAAUCGGCCAGUAGAGGAUCGAUUAGAAGAAGGGGAGAGGCCCAACCACGAUGAAGCAGAAUUUGAAUUUUGGCUCGAUUUGAUGAUUGCUCAACACAUAGUUUUACUGUCAAGAACUGAAGAAUACGAAGCAACACCCGAUAUGAAUCAUCAUAGAAUAAUGCAAAGCCGAGUGGAUCAGAAUUUUCAGAGAAUUCUAGCACCGGAAAAUGACAGCUGGAGUCGUGACAAACUUCAAAUUUUCCGUCUAUUGCUCACCGAGGAACAGAAUACUAUAGAAUCGCGUCGUUUUUUGUAUAAUUCAAUAUUGAAACAAAACCAUCAAGAUGACGCUGUGCUGUUUCAAGUGAUCACUACUCUACUGGAUCAAGUAAUUCGUCAAAAUUAUUAUUUAAACCUGAAUAUACCUGCUGAUAAUUUACCGCUUCGCAAUCCUCAGGAAUCAGAUCGAAACAAUGUGAAUGGCAAUGCAGACGGUGGAAAAAAUGAGAAACAUGGUGCAGAGGAUAGUUCAAAGAAAGAUGAGCAGAGGGAUGAGGCUAGAGAUAAAGAUCCACAAGACUCGAGGGAAGAUGUUGAAAAUGAGCUUUCGUGUAGCAAUUCAGCAUCAAAUAUUGGAAAUCAAGACAGAGAAGAUUCACAAGAUCCGCCACAAAGAUCACGAAAACGAGGAAAUCAAAGUGAAUUGCCAGUUUCCAAAAGGGCAAGAGAACAAGAGUAAUAAUAUAUUUUUUGAUAUUUUCUUAAUAUUAUCAUUUACUGAGUAUAUGAUAUGUUCACAAUUUUUUAAAUCAGAUAUUUGAUAAUAUUGAUUAUUUUCCUGUUAUUUCCAAUUUAUUCUCAAAAAAACCCUUUUUAUUUGCUUUUUCUGUUUCAAUCAGUUGUUUGUAGAACUAUUGAACAAUAAACUCGGUUU